GAGGGGAGGGGAGGGAAGGGCGAGGGCUCCUCCUCUGGCCAGCUGGCCCAAUGCGGCGGGGCGGCGGCCGGGAUGGGGCGGACGGCCGCCACCGCCGCCGCCCGGAGGAGAGCCGAGGGAAACGCCCUGAAGUACUUCGUGGAGGAUCCCGGCACCGGGACGCUUUACAAGCGGGGGCAGCUUUUGGGACAGGGAGCAUUUGGACAAUGCUACAAAUUUACCGACACUUGCGCCAAUAGAGUCUAUGCUGUGAAGGUGGUCUCUCAACAGCGCAUCUCAAGGCUGGGCAACCAGGGAAAGGUUCAACGAGAGAUUGAACUGCAUAGCCAGCUUCAGCACAGGAACAUUGUGGGUUUCCACCGACAUUUUGCUGACCAGGAGAACAUCUACAUGGUGCUAGAAUACUGCAGCAGGAAGUCCUUGGCCCACAUCCUGAAGGUCCGGGGGAUGCUGAUGGAGCCAGAGGUGCGAUUCUACCUGAAGCAGAUCAUUAAUGGCCUGCAGUACCUCCACCAGCAAGGGAUCAUUCACCGUGACCUCAAACUGAGCUUAGCUAGGACCAGACCCUCAGACAGCUCGGCACCCCACACUCUUCGCUUUCCAGGCAAUGUUUUCAUCACCAAGAGCAUGCAGGUGAAAAUUGGAGACCUGGGGCUGGCAACGCGAGAACAGCAGGCCUGCCAGAGGAGAGGGGUGGUCUGUGGGACCCCCAAUUAUCUGGCCCCUGAAGUCAUUGCUAAGAAGGGGCACUCCUUCAAAUCAGACAUAUGGGCACUAGGCUGCAUAAUGUACACCGCCCUUGCCGGUUUCUCCCCCUUUGAGAUCACGCACAAGCAGGAGCUGUAUGAGAGGAUCCAAGAGGGCCUCUAUCGCGUUCCCAGCCAUCUCUCCCCAGCUGCCCGUGGUCUGAUUGGGAAGCUGCUGGCCCCUGACCCCUCUGCCCGCCCCAGCCUGGAAGAGGUGCUGCAGCAUCCCUUUUUCACCCAGCACUUCACUCCUGACAGGCUAUCCUCGCGCGCUUGUCGUUCUGCCCCCGUUUUUCCUUUUGUGAACCCGCUUCAAAAAUUCUUCCAGAAAACAGCCAUGUUCCUUUUCCGGGGCUCCCCUUGCCAGGACCCCCGCACUGUGAGUCCUGCGCCCCAAGAACAGGAGGAAACACCCCGGCCACGAGGUGUGGGACCUGUUGCGCCUCCCUGCUUGGAAGCUGAAGAGGGGAGCACAGACCCUGUGGAGGAGCCCAGCUGCUUUUCCCCCCACCUGCUCAGGAGAGGCUCCCUGCGUGGUGGGCCGCCUGCAAAUGCCGACUGGGGCCCUGGAGGAGUGCUGGAGAGGGUGGAUCGAAGGCUGCGCAACUGCUUGAAGACCAUCCCCCUGGUGGAAGAGCUACCUGAAGGCCUGCGUGGUACCCGUCCUGCCCAGAUGGCCACCAAGUGGGUAGAUUACUCCAAUAAGUACGGGUUCGGCUACCUGCUCUCCGACGGAUCGACCGCAGUGCUGCUCCCCGAUGGGACCCACAUGGCUUUUUGCCCCCAGCGCCAACGCAUCUGCUACCGCAGUGAGGUCCAGAAGGCCGUGUCCUUUGGGUGGACAGAAGUCCCGCCCUCCUUGGCCACGAAGAGGACCAUCCUUCACUUCUUCACCCAGUACAUGCAGCAGCGGCUGCUGGAGGGGGGCCCCCGGCAGACCAACCCCGGCAAACCAGCGGGGGAUCCUUCUCUCCUGCAUUUUGCAAAAUCCGACAAAGCCCUCUUGAUGCUUUUUGGUGACAGCACCCUGCAGGUGAAUUUCUACCACGACCGCACAAAGAUUGUGCUCAGCCACUCGGCCACGGGAGAGGACCUCCUGACUUUCGUGGACCGCCAGCGUUGCAGCACCACCUUCCCUCUGGGCACCCUGGCACAGCAGGGGUGGACCCUGCCCCUGCGCGAGCGGAUGCUGUAUGCCCUGCGCUUGCUGCACUGCCUCUAGCAGACCCCCCUCCCCUCUCCUCCCCCCUGCCAGGGCAGAAGAAGCUGAAGGGACUGUUUUGCUGCCUGUCUCUUCUGGCUACAGCCUCUGCUGGACGUGCCUGUCACCCUGGAGGCCACAGUGGCCAUGCCCAGAACCACGUCGGCAGAGGAAGACCAGCAGCAGCAGGAGGGUGCUGCAGGAGAGGGGGUUCCUUUCCUUGUUUAUGCCUCAUCUUUCUUCCAGGAACAUAAGGCAGCACACGUAGGGCUCCCACAGCAACUAUCCUGUGAGGUAGGCUGGGCUGAGAGAGAAGCCCUGCCCCCAAUUUGCCAGGCAGCUUCUGUGGGCGAAGUGGGGGGCAGAGGCCGGGCCUCCCUGCUCCUAGCCUAGCCCCUUCACCACUACCCUGCAAGGCUCUCCGUGCGGGGGUGAUGCUUUGACGGAGGGGCAGGCUGGGGGGCAGUCCUGUGGUCUCUUCUAUUGUCAUGGGGAGGCUCUGCAGGCACAGGGGGGUGGCGAAACCCUUGGCCCUUCUUGUCAGGACAGAUGGGGCUCCUUGGCUGAUGGAGGGCAGAGUCCAAAUGGGUAGGCAGAAGGCCAGGAGGGGUGCUUGGCCUGAGAUGCAAAGAGGGGCACUUUCAGGGCAUCAGAAGGAGGGGGUUCAGAUAGUUGCAGGUUUGCAGGACUAUUAGGGGGUACAGAAGGGCAGUAGGGCAGGGGGAUGUGUCAGAGAGUGAAGUGGGUAUGUUGUGUCCAGCAGACGCAAGUGGAAGGGGCACGGGAGCCCUGCAGAGUGGGCAAGACAGGGUAGGUCCCAGGGAGGGAGGGAGGGAGGGAAGUGUUUGGGGUGCAGCCACAGGGCAGGGCAGAGCAGAGCAGGAGGGACCUCUCUGGCUGUGAUGCUGCGUAGAGACAGACUCCACCAUGCAAAUUCCUGUUCUUAAAGUAUGUGACCUUCUGGGCUGAGGGGGAGCUGUUUUCUCAGGGCUGGCUUGGAGUGGCCCUUAAAGGGUCCCCAGACUUAUGGAAAGGGCUCCCCUUGGGCGGCUGCCGUUAGUGGGGUGGCAGAGGCAGCUGAAGCGGGGAAGGCAGGGGACACCAGGCUACGACUGGGCAGGGCCUGUGAUUUGUAAUUCUUUUUCCAGUGUCCAAGGAGUUAGUUAUCCCAGGGGGCACAAGAAAGGGGUUCGCUGUUGUUAUUUAUUAAAUGUGUGUGCGCCAAAUCUUUUUAGUCUCACAGCAGCUUACAACAACGCAGAAUGCAAUAAAGCGUCCGUAACUAGAAGCAACCAGAAGCUUGAAUAAUGACACAGCCAUAAAAAAACAAACAGAAAAACGAACAAACCAGCAGCAAAAGCAAACUGUAAAUGAGCAAAAAUCCAUCACGGGCAAUCCUGCCCUGGUGCCCUCCACAAAAGCUUGGUCUUCACAACCCUCCUAAAGGCUCUUGCUUGAGGAACCAGUCUUGCUUUGCCGGGGUGGGGCUGUUCAGUCCACUGGCUCCCUGAGAGAAAGGCCAUGCUUUCCAGCCCCAGCACCACCCACCCACCCACCACAUCCCCAAGCAGCAACUUCUCCCAGAGCUGCAGGAAAAGGGUUGGCAGAGCUUUUGAGAACUUGAGGGUCUUGGGAAAAGCCCUGCCCGCCAUCCAAGCGGGCGGCCUCGGGCAGCCAACACAAGGCAGUCCACCUGUGAUGGAAUGGAAUUAUGAAGGCCAGACUCAGGGAGAGAAGCAUCUUCUUUUGUCUCCGGAGGGAGGGGAAGAGAUAAGAGGGUGAGGCUGGCACCUCCCUGAGGAAUUCACUCGGUGUUUACUGGCUGACCCUGGGA